UGGAGCCGCGGCGCGCUAAGCGAGCAGGCUGGGCGGGGAGACGCGGGGCGGGAGCGCCCACAGCUCGGAGCCGCCAGGCGCUGACGAGGAACCCGGCUGAGGGAGGAUGCGCGGGUGACGCCUGCGGGAGCUGCGCGCCUGGGCGGGAGGAUGCUCCCGAGGGGCCUCUGGCCGUGGCGCGCGCGGCUGCUGCCAACCCCUGGCAUCUGGGGCCCAGCGCGCCCGUGGCCGCUGCCGCCGCCGCCCCAGGUUUUGUAUGUGAAGCUGUGUGGAAAUGUGAAAUACUACCAGUCUCACCAUUAUAGUACCGUGGUGCCACCUGAUGAAAUAACAGUUAAUUAUAGACAUGGCCUUCCCUUGGUAACACUUACCUUGCCAUCUAGAAAAGAACGUUGUCAAUUUGUAGUGAAACCAAUGUUGUCAACAGUUGGUUCAUUCCUUCAGGACCUACAAAAUGAAGAUAAGGGCAUCAAAACUGCAGCCAUCUUCACAGCAGAUGGCAACAAGAUUUCAGCUUCUACCUUGAUGGAUAUUUUGCUAAUGAAUGAUUUUAAACUUGUCAUUAAUAAAAUAGCAUAUGAUGUACAGUGUCCAAAGAGAGAAAAACCAAGUAAUGAGCACACUGCUGAGAUGGAACACAUGAAAUCCUUGGCUCAUAGACUAUUUACAAUCUUGCAUUUAGAAGAGUCUCAGAAAAAGAGAGAGUACCAUUUACUGGAGAAAAUUGACCACCUGAAGGAACAGCUGCAGCCCCUUGAAGAGGUGAAAGCUGGAAUAGCAGCUCAUUCGGAAGCCAAAACCAGCGGACUCCUGUGGGCUGGAUUGGCACUGCUGUCCAUUCAGGGUGGGGCACUAGCCUGGCUCACGUGGUGGGUGUACUCCUGGGAUAUCAUGGAACCGGUUACAUACUUCAUCACGUUUGCAAAUUCUAUGGUCUUUUUUGCAUACUUUUUAGUCACUCGACAGGAUUAUACUUACUCAGCUGUUAAGAGUAGGCAAUUUCUUCAGUUCUUCCACAAGAAAUCAAAGCAACAGCAUUUUGAUGUGGAGCAAUACAACAAGUUAAAAGAAGACCUUGCUAAGGCUAAAGAAUCCCUGAAACAGGUGCGCCAUUCUCUCUAUUUGCAAAUGCAAGUAGAAGAACUCAAUGAAAAGAAUUAAUCUUACGUUUUUAAAUGUCAUCGGAUUUUCCAUUUUGUAUUGAUUUUGCAACUUAGGAUGUUUUUGAGUCCCAUGGUUCAUUUCAAUUUGAUUGUUCAAUCUUUUUUUUGUUAUUAAAUUCUUGUAAAACAGAA